AUGGAAUCAAUAGAAAACGAAACUGGGUUUCCUUGUCCUAUUUGUUCAAAUUCUUAUCCUACACAAGCAGAAGUAAUGAUACAUAUAAAAUCCCAUGGAGGACAAGAAAAUCUCUGUAUUAUCUGCGACAAGUAUUUUAUAGGAAAAAAUGAACUGAGCUCUCACUUGAAAUCGCACCCAACAUGCUGAUAUUGCAAGAUGAAAUUGCAUAAUUUUAAAGAUUACGAGGACCAUAAUUUAGGCUGCCAUCUUGAUAAACUAAUAGAAGACCAAAAAAUAUUUUUCACUUCUAAUAAAAGUGGACUUAAGAGGACAAAAUGCAGAUUUUGCUCGUUGAUUUUGCCAAACAGGCUAUACGCAUUAGUUCAUGUAAGAUUUGUUCAUUUGUUAUUAACAAGGCUAAUUUAA